GUCUUCACAGCCUUGCUCGGCUCUUGAUGAAUGAACGCCGCAUUUGCUUUGGUCGCGUAGUAGUCACUGCAAGUGUUACUGUCUAGGAUUCUGAUUGGUUUAGUUCGUAUUUGUGGUCGCUCCAUUGUAUGUGUGCCCGUACGUUGAUGUUUGAAGACAAUAAUGUGAGUUGCUGACUGAAGAUUAUUUCCUUACUUUUUUUCAGCAAACUUACCUCACUCUUUGAAAAAGUAAAAGAAGAAUGCCGUCAAGGAUGAACUUCACCCUCAGCCAAUUGGACUUACUUGCCGCAAACGGCUUUACCGAUUUCCCAGUAGCGCGCAUUCGCGAAGUAAACGCGGCAUUGGAUCAUGUUGAUGCUCGUGAACUGUCAAAGGGGGCCUCGAUUCAGCAAAAGCUCGAAGAGUCCGGGGAUGCGGUGGUCGUUUUUUGUUCAAAGCACCACUGCCUGUCGAGAAGGGAAGCCAGGUCGGGAGUACAUCGAAAAUUUGAUCAGGAAGGGAGGACCCUAAUUCUUCACAUUCCAGGGUUGCUGGAUCAUACCGGCGAGUCCCUCACGUACCUCUUUGAGUGCUUGCUGUCCCCCUUCGCCUUUGCAGGGUUCGCGCUCGUUCCGAUUGAUGAGGGGCCGAAAAGCUUUGCCACGGAGCCGCAGCUGUGCACUGGGUAUUUAGUUGAUGUCCCCGCCGUCCCCGGCCACCGAGUAGCAUUCGACCACUAUGACACCGACACGACGCUGCGCGAUGUUGGGUUCGACCGGCGGAGGCACGCAAUCCAAGCCUGGCCGCGACGGAUGCUUGAAGCCGAGGACAGGCACGGCCCGCGACAGUCUUUGCAAGAACCGUAUCCCACAGGUGCGCAUCUGCGGAAAAUGUUGCUGGAAAAGCGCGGCGGGGCGCCGCUGGAGAGGCCGCCAGUGACCACAAUAGAUUGCUUUGACGCCCUUGCGGCGGCGCCCGCGGCGGCCGGGACGGUUGGCCAGCGUGCUGGCAACAGUGUGCCCGCGUUUUCCCGAUCGGGUGGGCCCUGCGCCAUUGAAGAACUCCCCGAGUCGGACACGGAUGGCGCCAGCGAAGGCCUGACAGUUAUGGGGAAGCCACGCCCAGGCUGUCGCGUGCUUGUGGGAAAAGAUCGCGCCAGCAAAUCGCAGAAAAAGCAGACCGAAAAAGACCCGAAAGCUGCGCAGGAUGAGUCCGCGCAAGCGUGUGGACUUGAGGCAGCCUCGCUUGUUCAGAAGUUGGCGAUCGCCCGGGAGGCCCUGGAUCGUAUCGACGUGAAGCAGUACCUCUCACCUGCCGAGCAGCUCUUCGCUGCAAAGCUUCCCGACGACACCAACUGCGUGCGGGGAAAGCCGAGAGAAAAACUGAAAAAAAGCAUCGAGCACGCUCGAAAAUUUUUGUCCGAGGACGGACCUUUAUUUGAUCGGGUACAGGCGAGGUGCAAGUUGGUGUGCGACGUGUUUGCGAGCCCGCGGAACAAAUACCUUGAAACUCUGCGCAAGCACAUCCGGAACUAUAAUUGCAUCGAUGAGCACGCUCCGUUCCUUGCCUCCGCGCGGGUGAUGGAGACUGUGGCCGCAGUGUACCGCCGAAGAGUGGCGACCGUGGAUAGAAAGACCGGCGUCGUGGCGCUGUCUGCCGACUACCCUUUCGCGUUUGUGCAGCUGGCGUACCUGGUGCAGAUCGAACAGAAUUGCAAUCAAGAUGGGAAUAUGCAUUGCAAAGAUGUCUGCGUGUGCGUGAGCAAGCUUUUGUAUUGCCGGCUGGCUGGCAUUACUAGGAAGCUUCAAAAAUUGACGGCCAAGUAUGACUUGUGUUUGAGUUGCUAUUAGGAGUUGUCCAUUAUGAGUACCAGUCUGUGUUUAUUUUCCUUUUGCGUGACAGUAAAGACGCGUGUUUGGGUCACGUGCAUGACAGAGCUGAGAGUGUUUCUCGCAAUGCAUGACAAAGCCUCCAUCCUCCAGAACACCAGACAUAUUUGCAGUUGAUAGGUAAAGAAAGAAUUCCGUACACUGCCGAGGCGGUGCAGGCCUUCGGUGCAGCAUUGUUCGCACAGGUCUACCCAGCAAAGAUCGGCCGCCGCGAGCCCGUUUCCAUUAUCUCGGGCUUCGUGAGGGAAAACAACCGCGACGAUCGGCAGUUCAUUCUGCACCUGUUCGACGAUUUCGCGCCGUUGUGCCCCGGGAAAAGCGCCACGUCCGCGGGGGCCGGAGGGACGAGGACCCAGAGCGACGCAGGGCCUACGACUUACCGCUUGACUUCGGCGCGCGUCGUGCUGCUUGAUCCGGCUAACCACUGGCAUUGCGAACCCAAUAUAGUUGCGGGGCGCCCCUUCGCGACGUAUCCGGACAGUCCGGGCGCUAGUCCGACGAAGCGCAGGCUUGUCGUCCACCAGCACGGCAAUAUGAUCGAGGCCCUCGAAGUGGAACGGAGUGCGUUCAUGGACUACAGGAUUAUUGACGUGCGCAAGGAGCUAGACCGCAUCAUCGGCGGACUUGAGCUGUCCGGGAGAGGAAGGAUCGACGUACCGUCGGCAGCACAGAUCUUCUUCAGCGGUUCGAGCGCGGUUUCCGCGGAACAGCAGGCGGACGCUGACUGGCUAGUCGAUUUGUACGCGGUAUCCACUGCAAAGAUGUAGUUUGGGUCGUGUGGGAGAAUGCAAGUUGUCAUGCUAAAUCUACUGAAUCAACAGAAUCGUACAAACCAAAAAUCUGUAUCUGUGUUGCAUGAUGAGCCGCAAGUGCCAUCUUGCCACGCAAAAGGCAAAUUUCUGAUGCGGAACAGGCAUCAAGAAGCCCUUGCGCAAUCUGUGAUGCUCGUGGGUUCAUUCGACACUGUGUUCCUGCUCUACGAGAUGCAUGACAGACCUUGCACCCUUGCAGACAUAUUUGCAAUGCAUGCGCGAAUGGGAAGAAGGCGCUUCUGGGCGGAUUCAGUCCCGGAGAAGCAGGGGGGUACGCAGCACUGGCAAACAGCUGCAUGCGGGCCGACGAUCCCGCGGUGAUUCGAUACAUCACCGAGACGAUGCGGGGAAAAGAGCAGGGCUGCAUCCCAUUCCUGCCGCCGCCCGCCUUGACGAUCGCCGAUCUCGCGGUCGAAGAAUUUUUUUGGUCUUCUGUUGCAAAUGGAAUCUCGCAAGAUGACCUGGAUCAGUCCCAAGUGGCACAACUUGCCGUGCUGAUGCUCGAAGACCUCGAAGAUACGAAGAUUGCAGAACUGGCAGCGACGACCGACGGGAGGAACGAAGAGGAAAAAAAAACUUUACAGUGGUUGCGUGAUCCGAAAGUUUUGGCAGAGCAGCGGAGGCGGGCGAAAUUGAUCCAGGCAGAGUGGUCGUCCAGGACGGGGGAAAAGAACAACUGGAGUAGACACGAGGGCAGUAGAUCCAAGCGCUUUGUGCCACGAAUCCUGUCGCGAUCGGAACAGAAGAAGCUCGCGGAGCUGGACAGUGCUUCGUCGUCGGCCGCGGAGCCGACUGCGGAAGAACGGCUGCAGGAGGCGCUGGAGCUGAUCUCGCGCAAACGCAUGAAGUUUCGGCGGGUCAUUCGAGGCGCAAAUCUUCUGCGGCGCGCUGGCAUGCUCGAAUUCGGGCAGGGCGGCGGAGUACGCAUCCUGACCCACGGUUCCCACAUGGUGUUUCACGGCAGGGGCGGCUCAACCACGCUCGUGCGGGAGCACAAAGGAUCAGCGCGCAUUACGGCGCCGACCUUCAUCAAGAAAAUGGGAGCACUGAUGGCUGUCGGUGAAGACAAGAAAUGUGCUGGAGGUGGUUAAUGAACGGAUACUAGGGAUGAAGAACUAGAAACAGUGAUGCUUUUUCAAUAAAAAUGCUGAGGAGUGUGGACGCAUGCAAAUGAUCAAAAACCACACCAAG